AUGUGUACAUGUCAGGACCCCAACAGUAAAUCCUGCCCUGCGCUUCUCUUCCGAGCCGACAGGAGAGGGCCCUGGCUCUGUGGAGAGUCCCCCGUCCCAAGGCAGCCUAUCAUCGCCGCACCACUCCCCCAGUUCCAGCGCUGCAUGACAAGCUGUUUGGCCCUCCGGAGCACACAUUCCCCCCACUCGACCUCUGACUUCCAUCACCCAGCACCGCCAGCCCGUCCACGACUUCUCCCACCGGCCUCCUUGAAGCCAUAUGGGUCACAUGCACCCGACUGCCACUCCUCCCGAGCCCGCAACCGUCCCGCGGGCCCCAAACGGAAAAGCCAACAAGUCAUUUUUACACCCACUUCUCAGAUUGGGACGCAUAGCACCUGUCGUGGACGGGUGGUGCUGGUGGAGUCUUACCCCCUAACCUUUGCCCUGACCCGAUUCGCCACUUCCAGCGGUGGGAUCAACGUUACGAGCGCGGCGGGAGCGGGCCCGCUGUUCAAACCAAGGGAAACCGGGAGUAUAGGCAUGUUCUUUACGAGCUCAUGUCCUGUCCGUGGAGCAGUAGUCAUUCCUCCACUGGCCUCUCGUCUGUCUGCCCGUCCCCUCCCCUCUUCUUCCUCCUGUUGUCGUGAGGAGUGCAGGUGCGGAGUGUUUAUCAGCGCACAGAUGGAGGCCUCACACUCCCAUCAGGCCCUGUCCCACCACCUCCGCGCUCCGGGUCAGAGGUGGAGAGAAGCCUGGGGAGAGGAGGGCUUUAGCAGGCUCUGUGUGCGCUGCUCCAGCCCAAUCCACGGUUGCCAGUCAGGCUGUCUGCAAGUCCCCAUUGCGCCGCCACAGAUGUUGCAUCGGCAGACACCAAGCCAGACCCCGCAUAGAAAGAGUGGGGAGAAAGGUCCCGCGUGGCUCUUUUGUUGCUUGGGUUGGGAGUUGGAGGCGAAGUGCGCGGCCGUGUGUGGGCAGCGGCUUAAUGGGCCUGCUCCCCUCGGCUCCCCGCUGCGCUCGUCACAUCGGGGCUGGGAGGGGUCAAUGGGAGGGGGAGUGAGCGGUGAGGGGGGGGGUGAUGGUGUGGUGCACAGUGGGGGCUCGUCGACAGCGGCGUCACGGGUUAUGGUUGCGUGUUAG